AUGUUCUUCCAACUCUACAUUUUCUACGCAGCUGCAUUUCUAUAUGGGAUUCCGAGCUACUACCAUGGAAUAACGCCUGAACCUGGAACGAUAUUCAUUGUAGCUUCUACGGUGCUGCUAGGCUCCUAUUUUUUCGGGCUACUUGGUCCACAUAUGAUGGCUAUCAUGAAGGCAAGAAUUGCAGCAGCGAUCAUCUAUGAAACGAUUGAUCAGGUAUUUAAAUCCAAUAAUUGA